GUGCACCAAUUAAAAACCCUAUUCAUAAUGAUGCAUUGUUCAGUGUGUAGUUAUCAUUAUCAUUCUUCUUAUUAUUAUGAUCGUCCAAUAAAAAUUAAAUUUCUCCUACUGAAUGCCAAUUUUUCGGCUUAAUUACAUCCUAUCUCUGAAUGAAUUCAAAUACAGUCAAAUCAACAGGAGGCAAUAAUAAUCAUCAUUCGUUGACAUCGAUUAAUUUUACAACGACAACAAUAAAUUGUACUACUACUACUACUGCUACUACUACUGUUACUACUACUACGAAUACAACAUGUACAACAACAACUACUACUACUAAUAAUAAUAAUAAUGUAACAACGAAUACCAUUUUAAGUAAAUUCACUGAUCAUGCAACAUAUUUUGCUGUGGUCUCCGAUACAUGUGCAUUCAAUCGUAAUUUAUGCAAAACACGUUAUUCUCGAUUGCCAUUUUUGGAUUUAGCAACACAGAUUUCACAACGACCAGCUCCAUGGUUAUAUCAUACAAGCAGAGAAUAUUCACGAGAAUCACCAGCCAAAGAUCCUCAUGUUUAUUUACGUUUUCCUCGUUAUCGUUGGCAUUUGGAUUAUCAAUCACCGAAUAAAAAACGUAAAACAGCUAAUCAAAAACUUUGGUGCACAUUACAGAAUGGAUUAAAAGCUCUUGGAAUUCCUUCUGAUUUAGUUCCUGUUGUUACAAAAAGAGCAUAUUCCAUAGCCGGUCUUUCAAUACCAUCCAGUUUGGCUAACUAUUUAGAUGUUAUAAAUCCUCGUGUGUCUACCACAGGAAACCAUACAAAUACUACCGCGAAUAAUAGUAGUAAUUCAAAUAUUUCUUCUACCAAUACAACUAAUCGAUCACAGUAUUCACAUUUCACUGGAGCUAAUAACAACAACAAUGCCAUUCAAAUGCAUUCAAAUUCAUUUCAACGAAAAUUACCAAAUGACAAUCAUACUCAUGAUGCAUUACUAAUCAAUUCAUCAUCAUCAACAGCAACAACAACAGCAACAGGAUUGUUACACAAUGAUGAAGAACCAAGUCAAGACAGUAUUAUUAUUGGUGGUGGCGAUGAUGCCACAACUAAACGUAUACAUAAAAAUAAUCACAGGACAAAUGUUGAUCAUGUUCAUUUGUUUGAUAAUCAACAUGUUCUGCUGUUGAAUAAAUCAGACUAUACUGCUAAAACAUAUGAUUUAGAUAAUAUCUCUGAAGAUACAGAUCAUCAACAUCGAGAUUAUAAUGUUGUAAGUCGGCAGCAAGAUGUUGAUGAUGAUCGUCAGGAUGAUGGUGAGGAUGAUGAUGAUGAGAAUAGUGAUGAAAUAGGCGAAGCGAUGGAUAAUCCUGAUGAUGAUGAUAAUGAUGCCGAUGGUGAUGAUACAGAUUGGUUGACGACGACUGGACAACGACGACGUAAGAUUGGCGGAGGUGGAAAUCUAGGCAGCUCUAGUGGUAAUGGUACCACCACCAAUGGUCUGACAACUAUGAGUGGUAAUGAAAGAAGAGGUAAAACACGAUCUUCUGUGUAUUCAUUGAAAGCAACAAAAUAUAAUAGAAAAAUGAUGAAUCGUUCCGCACAAAAUUUUCCUGCACUCAAUAGUCGCUUAACGGGUGGUGCUAGUAGUGGUGGUGCUGGUGGUGGUGGGGCAAGACGUUUUACUAAACGUCAUUUGGGUCGUCCAUUUUCUGGUCGAUUUCGAGCAAAUGAUUCACGUAUGGAUGAUCUGUCUUACACCUCCAUUGCUAAUCAAUCUGGUCCAACUGUUGCUGGUGGACGUCGUGGUAGUCGGGCGAUUUCUCGUCUUGGUACUCGGCAUAUAAGUGAUAGUUUAAAAACUCUUCAACGUUAUGGUGUUGUGAGAGAAAAAUUAAACGAUUGCAACGUCGAUGCAUGGGAUGUUGACAAUGAACCAGGUUAUCAAUUGAAUGCUGCUACACCGAUAAUGGAUGAAAAUAAAUUCAUCAGUGAUUGUCAUGUAUCAUUAGAUGAUGAUCAACAUCAACAUCGAUUGAAUACUUCCAAUUUCUUUACUUCAUCAUCAUCAUCAUCAGCAAACUCUUUAUAUCAUCAUACUUCAUACAGACCAAAUGAUGAUCAUAGAUCAUUAACAGGUAUGUAUGAAUUGUCUAUGCAAAAUCGAUUCCACUCAGAACAGUCUCAGCUACAGCAGCAGCAACAACAACAGUCGAAAUUCAUGCAUUCACCCGCUACGCCAAUGAAUUAUUCUCAUUUCAUGCAUGUUAAUCAUCAAUCUAAUCUUAGCGGGACAUCGUUAUCCAUUUCAUCAUCGUGUAUAGACUCAUCAGCAACAGUAGCAGCCUCAUUUCCAAUGGAUUCAUGUCGACUAUCCGAACAAUCGAACAAUCAUCAUGCAUCAGCAUCAGCACUACCCCCGUCCUCGUCAUCAUCAUCAUCAUCGUAUCGAUAUGAUUCUUCCAAUGAUUAUAUGAUGCGUAUUAGCAGUGGAGAUUUAUCAAAUCAUAGUAAUAGUAGUUGUAGUAGUCCACAGAGCUUUUUAUCUGGUCGUCGUUCGAAUCUAUCGAAAUUGACAAAUUGUAAUGAUAUUUCUAGUACUAGUACUAGUACUAGUACUACCACUGCUACUACUACUACUACUACUACUCCAACAAUGAAUCGAUAUAAUCCUUUGUCAGCAGCAUCAGCAGCAGCAAUACCUGUGGAUAGUUUUCAUAAUAAUUCAGUUUUUGGUAAUCUCGAUCAUGUAAAUAGUAAUAGUAAUCACAGGAAUAUUCAUAAUGCUAAUAAUAAUAGUCCUUUACCGACAACUCAUAAUGAUAUGAUCCGAAUGAUUGAUGAUGCCUCUAAUCAUGGACAAAUAGUCGGGGAUUUACAAACAUUUGUUAAUCCUCAAACAGCUACUACAACUGUGACAUUUUUUGUCUGUGAAGUAUGCUCAUCACGUUAUCGAUCCACUGCAGGAUUACGUUAUCAUUAUCAUAGUCAACAUUCAGGUUAUACACCACAAAAUCCUAUUUCCGCUUCAGCAUCACGUUUAGUUGUACCGGUUGGUGAAGAACGAGGUAUUGGUGGAGGAUUGCGUGGUGGACGGCCUAGAAGACAUCGAGGUUCGACCGCUUCAUCGAAAUCUCGUGAUAAAUUAGCGAAUUCCCACUAUGCUAACGAAUAUCAAAUUGCCUCCUCUGAACAAGACAGCAGAUCAAGCAGUAGUAACUUAUCGUCACCAUACUCUAAAACUACAAAUCCCUACUCACCAUCAUCUCAAACUAACAAACGUGGGCAUAAUAAUAAUAAUAAUAACAACAGCAGUAAUAUCAAUCGUUUCGAUUGUAAAACACUAGACUCUACCAGAUCAAUUGUAGAACCGAAAUUAAUCGAUCUGAUUGCAAGUCAACCAGUUGCAUUGAAAUAUCGUGACAAAAUGACUGCGAAUCAUCAUCAUCAUCAUUUCAAUUCGAUUGAAUUGAGUAAUGAUAAUAGUGAAUUACCCACUUCAUCUUCUUCUAUGGAAAUGAACAAGUUAUCUUAUAUGCAUAAUAAUACAGAACGUUUAUCCCAAUGUUCAAUGCCUCCUUCAUCAUUAGCAUCAUCAACAUCAGCAUCAACAACACCAACAACGAUGAUAAUUCCUGGCAAAUUCAACGAUUCAAAAGAUUCCAUGGUUGUAGUCAAUAAUAAUAAUGAUUCAUCAUCGUCCUCAUCAUCAUCAUCGUCAACAUCGAUGUCAAGAUAUCAAACGGUUGACUACAAUAAUUAUAGUAAUACUACUACUUCUACUACUACUACUACAAUGAAUAAUAGUAGUAGUAGUAAUUUACCUCAUACAAAUAUACAAUACAAUCAUGCUUCACGACUGUCAUCGUAUAAUUCACCAGUGUCACAUCUAGGCAACCAGAACAACAACAGUAUGAUGAAUCAUAAAACUUCUGCACCUAUUCCUCAUCCUCAUCAUCCCCAUCAUCAUCAACAUCAACAUCCUUUGCAUCACCAACAUUCUUACCAGAAUCAUUGGAAUUCUCACAAUACAGUAUUUCAUCAAAUGUCCUAUAGUGGUAGUGGUGGAGGUGUUGGUGGUGGGAGUUGUACUCCAGGCGUUCCUAGUAGUAAUAAUCAUUUUUAUUCUCGACUAUCACAACAACAACAGCAACAACUACAACACCACCAGUCUCCAGUGACAAUGAAUCGUGUUGGUCCACAACAACGACGUUAUGAACGACAACAUUGUCCUGGCCGACUUGGUCUAACACGUUCAUCGAUGAUGAUGAAUAAUGCAUCCACAAUGCCUAUAUGUGAUUAUUGUUUAAAUGAUGAUAGUCUGAUGAAUUCACGUGUUAGUGGUCAUCCAGAAGGUAUGUUACAUUGUUCACGAUGUGGACAUAGUGCACAUUAUACAUGUCUACGUUUACCUCCACAUGUAAUUGAUGCUGCACUACGUUAUCCAUGGCAGUGUAUUGAGUGUAAAACAUGUUGGUUAUGCAAUCAAGAUGAUCAUCAGGAUCGAAUGAUAUUUUGUUGGGAUUGUGAUCGUGUAUUCCAUGCACAUUGUAUCAUCCCUCCGACUCGAUUACCUCGUACUACAGAUGCCCAUUGGACCUGUGAUAUAUGUUUACAUGAAUUAUAUAACAUGAAUAAUCAUCAUCAUCAUCAUAAUCCUAGCAAAUCAAUAAUGCUUGAUCAACAUGCACAUGCACCACCGCCAGCUGGUAAUUCGGAUUAUGUUGCUUAUGCAAACACUACUCCUACACCUACUCCUACUCCUACUUCUACUUCUACUGCUACUUCUAAUACUACUAAUACUACUACUACUAGUAGUAGUAGUAGUAGUAGUAGUAGUAGUAGUAACCAUAACAAUCCUAUUACAAAUAAUGAUAGCAAUAAUGAUUUCAGUGCACUAAAUCAUAAUCCUAAUGGUUAUUUUACUAGUACUACUACUACCACUACUACUACAAGUGUACAGCCUCAUCAUCAACAGCAUACACAGAAUAUCGCUCCUCCUCCAUAA